GGUUCCAGUAGCAGCUGGUCCAGAGAUGAACUGGUAUCAGAGGACUUCUGCAGUAAAGUGAGGACGAGUCUGGAUCUCAUCUCUGGAUUAGAAGAAGAUCUGAAACAUCAACCAUGUCAGCAGGCGAGGCCUUCGUCACGCUGGUCACCACAGACUCAUACUGCAAAGGAGCCAUCGUGGUGGCCAGGAGUCUAAAGCGUCACGGGACGACUCGCAGCACCGUCGUCAUGGUGACACCAGACAUCUCACAACAGUCAAGGCUAACCCUGGAGGACGUGUUCGAUGAGGUCAUCACGGUGGAUGUGAUGGACAGUGACGACCGUCUCCACCUGUCCUGGUUGGGACGUCCUGAUCUGGGCAUCACCUUCACCAAGAUCCACUGCUGGACUCUGACCCAGUACAGCAAAUGUGUCUUCCUGGAUGCUGACACUCUUGUUCUGUGUAACGUGGACGAGCUGUUUGAGAGGGACGAGCUGUCGGCGGCUCCUGAUCCCGGCUGGCCCGACUGCUUCAACUCGGGCGUGUUUGUCCUCCGACCGUCCGUCCACACCCACGGCCUCCUCCUGGACCACGCACUGCAGCACGGCAGCUUUGACGGAGGAGACCAGGGCCUGUUGAACUCCUUCUUCAGCAGCUGGCCGGCUGAAGACAUCGGCAAACACCUUCCGUUUGUCUACAACCUCAGUGCCAGCUCCUUCUACAGCUACCUCCCUGCUUUCCAACAGUUUGGCCACAACGCAAAGAUCGUCCAUUUCUUAGGAGCAGUGAAACCCUGGAGCUCCAGCAGACAGAGGGAGGACGGAGGAUCAAACACCAUGGAACCGUUUGUGUCUCUGUGGUGGAAGGAAUACAACAGUUACACAGCAUCAUCCGACACAGCGAAACCAAAACAGAUCCAAGAACGAGAAGACGAAGCCAGGACGCCUUUCAGAGAAAACUUGGACAGUUCUAAUUCACAGCCUGUACAUUUACCGUCCUCUUCUGAGACUCUUCAUGCACCGUCUGAGCCAACGACAAGUUCCCACACAGAUAACAGCACCACCCCACCAGAGGAGGAAGAGUCCAGGACAUGUGAGAGGAUGGAGAUCCAGGACCCAGAGUCUGGAGCUGAGGGGUUGGAGGGCAGCGUUCAAGCCUCAAAGACUGAGACAGAUCCAAGGGCUGCAGAGACAGAGACGAAGACAGAGACAGAGAUAAAGAAAGAGACGGAGACGGAGACAAAGACGGAGGCAGAAAAAGAGACGGAGGCGGAGCGUCUGGAGCAUCGGCGGCUGUGGGAGGCCGGCCGGGCCGACUACCUGGGCAGAGACGCCUUCCAGAACAUCCAGAAGAUGCUGGACCGCUUUCUGGAUUAACACGCAGGAACAACUCCGUCACCCAAACACGCCUGUGUCCUCGAGGUCGUUUUUCAUUUCCCCUCAGCUCUGACCCCGGUGGGGAUAGCCAGACUGAUUUCAGGAUCUUUAAUAAUGUGAGUUUUAAGGGCAGACUAGAAUAUUCUGUCUAUGUAAAGUCAGCUGGUAGUAUCAUGUUACAAACCAUUACAUCCAUACAAGUAAAUCAUUUCAAAGAUGAUCAGACCUCUACUGUCCUCAGCAUGUGUAGCUAUACCUCUGAAAAAGAAUGCACCGUCUGGGCCUCCUAAACCGUUGAACGGAUCCAAACAGUAGAAAGCACAUAGAUGAACAUCUAGUGGUGCAACUUUGUCUUUCACUGAUAUGUUGUUAAUAGUUGGAGCUCUAUGGCACAGAGGAAGAGCGUAUUUUAACCUCACAGUAUGAGCCACAUUUAUAUAUAUAAUAAACAUAUUUAAAGUACUCCAGGUAAAUGGUUGUCAUGUCUUUACUUUGGCUUCAUGUCAGGAUUUCUUACCAUCUGCUUUUGUUGUUUACAAUUCUCGUAAAAUAUGAGGAUUUGGAUGAUCUGUUGCAUAAAACUACAGUAACGGAGAAGGGAAAA